AGCGUGCCUGUCGUCGGGGUCGACGCCCGCGGCGCGGCAGACGUCCAAGCAGCCGUGAAGUUUGUGGCGAAACAUAACCUGAAGGUCAUCGUCAAGAGUACUGGACACGGCUACUUGGGACGAAGCGACGGUCGUGGAGGCUUCCUCAUCUGGACGCACUACAUGAAGAAUAUCACAGUGCACCCUACGUUUUCCCCAGCUGGAGGUCUGAGCAAUGAGACAUACGAGCUUGGUACGUUUUUGCGCUUGCACCCCUGCAGAAAUUCCGGUGUACAAUGGCACGAGGCCUACGACGCCGUCACGGCCGUCAACCGCACCAUGAUCGGCAGUAUAACCAGGGGCGGCACAGUCGGCGCCGCGAGUGGCUGGCUCCUUGGCGGAGACCACAGCGCCCUCUCCCCGAACUACGGCCUCGGCGUCGACAAUCUCCUCGAGAUCACCGUCGUCUCCGCGAACGGCACCGAGCUCACCGCCUCCUCGCACCAGAACACCGACCUCUUCUGGGGGCUCCGCGGCGGCGGCGGC